AUGUCUAUCCUGAUAUUUCCUAUCAACCCUGGAUCUGUUUCCAGCUGUCAGCCGCGGGAACCGACGCCAUGGCCGUGUUCCUGCCAGACGGGUCUCUGUCUGGGAUGCUUUGAGUUUGGGGACUCGCUGUAUCUGUUAUUCCCUGAAGGAUGGGUUGACAGCCAGGGAUAUAUCCUUUCCCAUGGGAUCCCUGCACUUCACGCCUCGACCCGUGGUGGAUUCGGUCAGGAUGUCACAUUUAGUCACUCAAGCGGUAACGUUACGGAGGCCCGAAUCUACAAUGAGGAGCGUUCCUUUAUCAGGUCAUCUAUCGAUGUAGCAUUCGAUAUAACAAGGUGCCUAACUGCGUCUCCUGUUAUCGAGAAUUGGCUCAAGGCUAUGAGUGGAAGGCGUGUUGACGGUGUGGGGGCCGAUGUUUACCUCUGGGUGUUAUGGCAUGGUCUUUCAAGGGUGUCUAUGAUUUCCAAGACACGAGGGUUUGCUCGUGAUAGAUUCCUGCCGAAUUACUUACCCGCUGGUGGAAUGUUGGGAUCUACAGGCCCUUUAUAG